AUGGGAGUGCCGAGGCCUGUGAACCCGCCACAGCAGCAGGCACAGAACGUCCCGGCACAGCAGCAGGCACAGAACAUAAGCAGGAGCCCGCCGUGGAAACCUGUGCCUGGCAAGAGCGAGGAGGUCCCGCCUCCCCCGGCUGUGGACUUGACUGAAGAAGACGGUGAAACGGCACCGAAGUCCCCACAGCCGAAGGCACGGCCCAUCAAGAUCCACAAGAUUGCCAUGUUCCCCAUUGAUUGGGGGAAGUCGGCCUUGGAGAUCUUUGCCCGGGUCGUUCCCUUGGUCACCAUGGAGCCGCUGCCCACAGAGGCCGCGAGCGGUGCUGGAAGCUCCACGGACCACCUCCUCAACAAGAGGAAGAAACCCUCGUCCGAGGACAAGAGCGAGGACAAGGGCGAGCCGGACGAGAAGACGCACGACGAGGACGACAAGGACAAGAAGGCCGAGAAUGACAAGGCCGAGAAGAACGAGAAGCACGAGGCCGAGAUCAAGGGCGACGCGGACCGCAGGCACCGCAGGGACCGCAGGGAUGGCAAAGAGAAAGACCGCAAGGAUCGCAAGGAGAAGGACCAUGGCAAGGGCGGCGAGGACAACGAGGAGCCCACCCCAGAGACCAGUCUGGAGAAGAAGUUCCAGGGCAAGUCCUCCCGCAAGCUGGAGGAGGAGCUCUACAAUGCGAAGAGAUCGCGAGGUGGGCGGCUGACGCACGAGCAUGUUCUCAAUCCCUGUCUGUUCCAGGAGGCAAAUGGGGAUGUCCGGAGCCUCGUUUGCCAACGGGCUGAACAGAAGACGCCCGAUUCGAAAGAGAAGUCAGCGGCCAAGGCUCUGUCUGAGGCUCCUAGGAAGAGAAAGGCCGAGGCUGCUGAGCCUUUGUCGUGUGUGAAGCCCCGUCGUCUUGAGUUUGGUUCUGGCGAGAGGGAGAGGCACGAUUCCAGGGAGGAUGGUGCCGGCGACUCCAGUUCUGAGAACCGCGACGAGGAUGACGAGGAGACCUUGCCACGGCCGGCCACAAAGGCUUUGGAGGACCUUCUCAAUGAGGAUUCGGAUCUGUUCAAGGACAAGUUCGCAUUGGCUGUCCCGGCGGAAGCUCCCGCCAGCACCCCGAACAUCCCAGCCAUCAUGGAUGGUUCUGCCGAGGGUUCUAAAGGUGCUUCCUGGGAUCAGCUCCCCCGUGUCAUCCGCUCAAAGUUGGAGAAGAUAGACUCGGAUUUGAUUGAUGCCCUACCGACCUGCUUGUCUUCGUCGGACUUCCCUCACUUUCUGGAUAUCCUCCUGGCCGAGGACAUUUUGAACCUCAACGAUGCGGUGGAGUUCGUUUCGGAACUGGGAGGACAAUGGCUGGAUAACUUGGGCGAGCAGAGCAAGACUAUCCAAGCUAAGAUGACAUUGAAGGGUAGAAAGCAACUUUCGACGUGGCCCGAGAUGUUGAAGGCAGCCCAGCAGGAUGUCGACGUCAACGAGGGCGAAUCGGGAGAAGUACCCAAGGUGUGCCCGCCCCAUAACUGCAGCAGCCCACCGCCCGACACGGAUGGACACGUGGCUGGCCCGAAAGAUUCGGGAGCUCGGCGAGCGACUGGGAACAUGACUAUCGUCAAGCAGCUUACAGAAGCAUGGCUGGUGGAGCUGCAAACACACAUCAUCCGAGCCUCUGACUACAAGGGCAAGCUGCUGGUCUCGGGCUCCGAGGUGAAUUUGGAAGCCUGGGCCGCUACCCUAGAAUUCUUGGGGGUCCACCGAAGGUGGCAAACAACGAAGUUGUUCACGCCUGCGACGCAGCUGGCCAGCGAUUUUCUCUACAGGUACUGGCAAAACCACGCAGACAAACAAAGCAACAAUUGCGGGCAGGAUCUGAACCAGCAGACGUUUCGGUCGCUGGAGCUCAUAGUGGAUGCAUCCCCGAAGGGGAAGCUGGAUGUCUGGUCGCCGAUCGGCUUUGCUGGCAGAGUCGCAGCGGCCUUGCCGCUUCAGCGACUGAGUGCUCUGGCUAUCAGCACUGCCAGUGUGCAAACAAAGAUGCAAGAAGGCCAGAAGAUCAUUGACAAGUUUGCUGAGACUGGAGAGAAUCAAGCCAAGUUGAAGAAAAUGCACCUGGGCAGCACCAAGACACGGCCGAAAGCCAUAAGCAGCAUCCGCCAGAAGAAGCUUUCUGCCAGAGAGCAGAUGAGGGCAUGCAUGCACGUGUUGUCGGUUCUCGACCUGGAGCUACUGGUCGGAGAUAGUUUUCUUCGUCCGUUGGACGCACAAAAAGGCGAGAAAAGGAUGGUGGAGGACGGCAAAGCUUGGCUGUGGGACCCGUCCACAGGGGAGGCAGCUUGGGAUUGCCUCACCCCGAGGCACCAGUCCAACCUCAGACUCGUCUUGGCUCCAGACGAGGGGUCUACCCUCUGGUCUGCAUUCACCUUCCUUGCCUCCCAAAGCUUCAAGGUGAAUUUUGUUCGUGAUGAAUUGUCAACGCACAAGUUGCAAAACCACUAUCUACGAACGCUGCAGUGCAACAAAGCCGUGAAGAGAACCUGGCGACUCAGUGAGUGGUUGAUGAAAGCCAAAAAAGGUCCUUGGGCCCAUUCUGAGGAUUUGCUACAGGAGCUCUUUGCUUCGUCCAUUUUGGCAGAGAAUGGCUGGGAUCCAAACGCCGAAGGCACUCACGCAUUUGAGAAUGUUUGCAGCAUUGGUAUCAACCCUUUCGCAGACAUGGGGGUGGCUGCCACCGGAGACGACGGGCAACAGUACAACCGCAUCAUGGACUGCUGUGUCCGGGCCCUUGUUGACGAGGAGGCCCACAAGCUCUUCGAAAGCCUUCAGUUCUUCACCGAGGGCCUGGGCCCGCAAGGCAUGGCUUCGAUGGCUAUGAUGUCAGACCUCGACGUGCACGGUCUUGCUACUCGCUCCCCUGCCUGCCUAAGUAAGGAGUUACGAGUGGCGAAGCGACGAUGCAGUGUGCAACAAGACCUCCUCCGAGACCACUUGGACCUUUGCCUCGUUACUUUGUACGAACUCGGGUCCUACCAACUGUACCUCACGGCUGCUCCGGCUUCGAGCGCCUGUCUCCUACUGGAAGAGUCCACAGAAGUCUCCGACCUGGAGGCCGUGCAGUCCAAGGUCCUGCAAGCCCUGAAGUUUGAGUGGGCGACUGUGCUGUCGAUGGAAGCGAGUAAGAACACAGCCGACCUACUGCACAAGCUUUGCCCACAUGUGAAGUGGCAGGUUUACCGUGAGACCCUGGUUGGUCUGGAGUCUGAUGGAUUCCAUUUGACCCAAACCGUUCGUGACCUAGUGAUGGCAUGGUUUCCACGGCUUAGCUUUUCUGCCAAUGUGGAGGAGCAGUUUUCUUGCAUGCAAGACAGUGUCAAACGUGGCUCGAAGGGUGGGACGGCUGGGAUCACGAAUCUCAGUACGGUGGGGGUCAAAGCUCUCUACUCCAAGAUGCUGGACGGACCCGGCCAAGCCGCUUCUGUGAAACUACAAGACUGUGACUGGGAAGGGACGACGGUGCGAGCUUUGAAACAGAAGUUGUUCCAGCCGGAGACCUUCACUGGAAGCCAAGAUCUGCAUUUGGACACCAUUCUGUCUAGUGCAUCCGGCACGUCGGCUCACCAGCACAACAAGGGGACCUUGAACUACAUGAAAGCUUUUCUCGAGGCACUGAAGCUACGCGAGAUCGAGUUGAGCUUUCACGGGGAGCUGCCGCCCGAGACAAUCGACGAGAACAGUGUUGCCAAAAAUGUGGCCCGGUGGGAAGCAGAGGAUUGCCUGAAGGCAGUUCUGCAGCUCAAUGAAGUGAAGCAGCACAUAUCCGAAAAGGAUGUUCAGGACAUCGGGAAGAUGUGUGAGGAAAUGGAUGCGAAGCGGCGAAACCGCAGUGCAAAUGCAGAGCAAGAAGAUGAUGAUGAUGAGCAGCCCGAGGCUUUCGAGCUCAUGGAGGAGCCAGAUCCUACUUUGGCUGCAGCCAACGAGCUUUUGGCUUUGAUCGGAGAUGAUGAUGAGGAGGAGCUGCCUCUUGCUGAAAGGGGAGACGCUGCUGACGCCGCCAAUACACUUCGUGAGUCCAGAAGGUUGUUGACCGGCAAGUUCAACAACAAGGGUUCUUGCUCCGCGAGCUACAAUGAUGAGCUUCCCAAGGAGGAGGUCGAUUUGGCAAAGGUCGAAACAAAAUCGCUGGCACCAGAGAAGCGGUCGCAGUCGCAGGCAUACUAUAUGACCUGGACGUGGGCCAACGAGGCCAUGAAGGACAAGCGGCGAAGGACGCAGUGA